UAAAAUUUUAUGGAAACUGAGGUUAAUGCACAGAAAAAGCGAUAUAAUGGAGUACCACAUGCUUCACUGAACAUGUGAGAGUCUGGUGCAACAUUUAUUUCACAAAGAAGCAGUCCACAGAAGGAUAUUGAAAGAAUUACCCGAGCUGAUUACUAUCGCCACAGUUCAGGUUCAUACUACAAUUGAGAGCCUGCUUCACUAGGCGAUGAUAAUUCUGACCCUGAGAUUGACUUUAACGCAAAGGAAGGGUCUGACUUCAGCUCUCCUAAUGAAAAAUAAGGUGGCUAUUAGCACUCUUAAUAAAGACCUGAAGGAGACUCCUGAGAGAAUUUCGAACUCGAGUCAGGAAAAAGACCCUUAUGCAACCAGUAAAUAAGCUCUAUGAAAUAUCUGAAAUUUAUUCAACUAUGAAAAUAAAUGAUACUCCUGAUGGUGUCAGUGAAUCAAAGUACAACCAAAUAUUCCCUGGAUUCUAUGUAGAGAGUAUGAAGUCUGAUAUCGAAGAAUCUACUAAAAAUAAGGAUAUCCUCAAUAUUCGGGCAAGAAACCAGAAGAGCUCAAUUCAAACAGCAGGGACUCUCCCUGCAUCCACCUCUUCCAACCACGCUGUGGCUAAUAAAAGGAUUCGGGAUAUGCAUAACACCAAUUAUACAAGCCAAGGCGAGCAGACAAAUGCUGUCUCUGAAGAAUGUGAGAAACACUUGACCACUAUCCAGAAACAAAAUGAGCUAAUAAAGGCUUUGGACAAGGAAAAUGAGGAGCUUAAAGAAAAAUUCCAGCUUGAAAGAAACCGUAACUAUAAACUACUUCUCCAACUGAAGAAGAUCAAUCAAGAGAAUGAGAAUAGGCAAGUUAAUAUGAGGGAUAAGUCUACUGAGGUUAAUUUUGUAGUAUACGAUAAUCAACAAGCCCUUAAUGCAACCAUGAAAAUGAAAGAGAUACCAGAAGUUGUAAAUACAAAGCCGUUUAGACCUCUUCAGACUGUUGAGAACCCAAAUGUACUUAGCAGAGAACUUGAUUUUGCUAAUAUCCAAACUUUAUUUGAAAAAUCAAUAUCGAAAAUUGAUCCUACUAGCCCUAAUCUCUUGGAAAGAUUGAGCCCAAAUGAGCUCCAUGAGAACAAAUCUAGAGUGUCAUUACGAGACAAGAGCAAUAAUAAGGAGCUCUCGAAGCUAGUUGAUAAGGAAAAUCAUCCUUUGAAUAACAAGAUCAUGGAGAGAAAAUCUUCAAUAAAGAGUAAACAAGACAAUCUGAAGAAGGUAAUCUUGGACUGCUCCAGAACUCACAUUAAGAAGCACCCAAAGGCUCUAGAUUUAAACCUUAAGAACGGGCUUCAGAAGAAAAGAGGUAGUAUAAAGUAUUUUGAUAUGACAAAGUCCACCAGUCAUAUUGACCUCCUGUCUAAAGGACUUGUUGCAAGCAGGAAUCAGAACAGUCUGGGAAAUUUACACACUGGAGUGCAAACUAUUUCCAAGAAAGCUAUUAUUAAGAAACCUAAGAAGGGUAAAAAGAGCAAAUUUAAACCAAAGAAUAUGUUUCUAGCAAAUAGUAAGUCAACUAAGAGCUUUGCCCAGUCUGCAAUAAAGGUCUCAAUGGCCCCAAAGAGUAGUAACAAGGAAAAUUUCUCGAUCAAGUCUUCAGAAUCAGGGAAUAAGAUGAAACUAUCUAAGCCUACAAUUAAAUAUUUUCCAGUUAAAUCAGGAGUAGGACCUAUUAAGAAUAUUAACAUGAAGAAAACAAGGAAUUUGUACUAUGAGCUGAAGGACGCAAUGACUGAAAAAUUUAGCCAUAAGGAAAGCCUUUCUAGUUCAAAGAGAAACUCUAUACAUAGUAUUCAAACAAAUUCUGCAAGAGGUAGUACUUUCGAGAUCAGCUCUUAUAAUACACUUCCUCAGAAGAAGACUAUUGCUACAAUUAAAAAUCUUCCUAAAACAACAAGGAUGGCAGAUAUAAAAGACAAGCCAAAGAUCAAUUUCUUUACUGCAAAAUCUAAAGUAAAGGUCCUCCCUUUGAAAACCAUCAAAAAGGUAAAUUUUCAAAAGAGCUCUCAACCAGUGACAUUUAAAUUAACUAAAUUUUAGUCUUUUCGCUCUCAA